UCCUCUGACUUGAGGAACUUGAGGUAACGGCCAGCUAGAUACGCAUUCUCUCCGUAGCUCGUACCUGUUUCACACACAAUGCUAAGGAGAAAGCCCUCAAAUGUCUCAGACAAAGAGAAAACCCAAAAGCCGAAGCGCACCAGCAGCUUUGGGACCUUUGAACGGUUUAAGAAACCCUCCAUUUCCAAACCAGAAGAUUUGAACGAGGCGGGGGAUAUGGGAAGUGCGUUUGAAACUGGUGAAGGAGGAGUCUCAGAGGGCGAUAAGUCAUCAAACAAUGCUGGUGGCAUAACGAAGAAAAUGAAAGCCAUAUCACUGACCAUGCGGAAAAAGAUGGGGAAGAAGUAUAUCAAAACACUCUCUGAGAGUGAAGAUGUUGAGGGCACUUUCUCUUACCGAUACAGUGACCCCACAGGAGGAAUGGCUACAGAAAAAGUCGCUCCUCUCAAAGCCAGCGAAUCUGUGGAAAGUCUUUACAGCCUCAACAGUGGCCAGAGUUCAUCCAGUGGUGUCACCAGCUGUUCUGAUGGAACCAGUAACAGGGAUAGCUUUAGACUUGAUGACGACAUUCCUUAUACUGGUCCAUUCUGCGGUCGAGCAAGAGUCCACACUGACUUUAUUCCUAGCCCGUACGACACAGAGUCACUGAAAAUCAAGAAAGGUGACAUCAUAGAUAUCAUCUACAAGACACCCAUGGGUAUUUGGACUGGCUUGUUAAAUAACAAAGUUGGAAAUUUUAAAUUUAUAUAUGUAGACAUCAUAUGUGAGGAGGAAGCUCCCAGGAGAAUAGUAAGGAGGAGAAGUAAGCGACCAAGACCUAAAACAUUGCUAGAACUUCUGGAAAGAUUCAACCUGCAGGAAUAUAUGUCAAGCCUUCUGUUGAAUGGAUACGAAAGUCUUGAAGACCUAAAGGACAUAAAAGAGAGUCAUCUCUGUGAGCUCAACAUCACAAACCCUGAAGCACGAAUGAGGCUACUGAUUGCCAUUGAGAAUUUACAAGAUUGUGACUGUGAACAGGAAUCCGGCAAUGACUCUGUGCCGCCGACGCUCAGCCCUGACACUGCUGCAAACAAAUGUGAACUAAGUGACUGUCCCAGAGAUUCAGGAUGUUACAUUACACUGGAGAAUUCAGAAAACACCAAAGAUGAUGUUGAGUCAGAAAAACUGUGUGAAUCUGUUCAGAAAAUCACCAUUACCGAAUCCCCCUAACAAUCCGCCGCGCGGACAUGUGUCAGAGCCCGCACCACUAAGGCACAAGCCUGUUUUCACAAUUUCCACAUGGCCGGCUUGUCAGCUUCACAGACCGCUUAGGCGUGAAGUUCCUGAGUAUUUAUUCACAAUGUAUAAACCAGCAGACAGAUCGGAGCUGUGGAGGACAGGCGGCAUCUUGUUGGGAGCAGCGGUUUCCACAUAUCAAGCUCCUAUGACCGUGACCAUGCACUGCAUGACUACCACCAUGACAAAGUCCAAUACUUCAAGGAACUCACUUGGUAGCAUUCCUGCAGCACCAACAAUUUACCAAGGAGCUCUUCUUCUUCUAUGAGUCUAGCAUCAUUGUCUUGGAGAACCAAGAAGCACUAAAUACUGUAGUUCUGAAUGUCAAUAUAUAGAUGUAGCAGAGUUUAAUUGUUGCUGUUAUGUGCCGCCCACAGACAACUAAUGAUGAUACUGUAUAUAUCAACACGGGUUGUGCCAAAUGACCCUUUCAUCUGACAAACUCGCCUCUGCUGCAGCUGUGCUACUUUGUUUUGCACUGUAAUAAUGACAUAGUUUGGUUAUUAGACAACAAGGGACAUCUUUCUCCAUUUGUUAUCAAAACAGCACCAUUCAGUACCUGGUGGCAUCCCUAGCAGUGCUGAGACAAGCUAUAUAAGUGCCCAUGGUACGAGUUUUAGAACGUGCACCAACACCCUUGUUCCCUGAAGUUCGGCAUAACUCUUGGCUAUACGAUCAUUCAUUUAAUUGCCCAGUAUCGUCCCCCUAACAAUCACUAGCAUUCAUAGUUCCAAUAAUGGGAUGCCUUCAAAAGGCAAGACUAUGCUCCAGUUUAUCUCCAGCUUGCGUGAUGUCCUGUGCAUGUGGUUUUCUUUACUCUCCCCCUCCAUGUGGUAAUGAAGGUCACACAUUAUAUGCCUCUUAUUCCCACUGCUCCCUGGCUCUUCUCUGCCUCUGAAGGGAUCAUGUUUUACAUGCUGGGCAGCAGAUAAUGCAGAGACAGUGAGUAAUUAUAGCACUACCUUACAUCUGGCAAUAGAGGGGCAUGCUCGCAGCUGUAAGUAAAGCGUUAGGAAACCGUGUGUGGACACACUGCGCCACUGACUGGCUAUACCCUGGAGGGGCGUGACUAAGUAACUACCUGGCCUUCACUAGAGCCUCUGAUGGUGAGGAUAGGUUUGGGCCAUUAGGAUAGUUGCCAGGUGCUACUCCAGAGCAAUCCCCGGGCCAGUGGCAGCUGACCAGGGUGUUCAGAGAUACCGGUGCAAGCACUGAGGAAAGUACGUGGUCAGGGCAGGCAGCGAUCAAGCAAAGUCUGUAAAUGAAGUCCAAGGUCAGAGGCAAACAAGCAAAAUCCGUUAAACCAAAAAGCAAAGUCCGGUACACAGAAAAGCAGAAACUUACAAAAACACCUUCACACUAGGAACUAGACAAGCUAGUGACCAAGUCUGCUCAUGCGCCUUCCUGGGGCAGGAAGCGCCUUUACUUCCUGCAACCCAGCCACAGGCUGGGGAGAUAGAGGGCGUGUAUGUGCUGCCUCACAAGGGAGGAGAGACAGGCCUGUAAACUCUGGCAUGGAGCACAGAUACAACAGCUAAGCUACUUGCUGCCUGCGCUUGUCAGCACGGCAGCAGGAGGAAAUGAGGGAGCCCGGUGCCCGUGCCCGUGUGUAGGACCAGGCAUGGAGCGCUGGGCUACCAUAGAGUCAAUGGAGCAAUUUAUCAGAAGAGUACUAUUUGAGGUGAGUUUUGCUUGAGUCUGCUUAGCCGUACUUUGCGUAAAAUCUAUAAAAGGUCGCACAUUGUUUGUUAAAUUUGGCGCAUUAUUAAACCCUUUUUUUUCUAGAAAUAUUACUCCAGUUUUUUAUGGCAUCCAUCUACUAGAGUAAGCUUGAGACUUUUUUGGCUACUUUUUAAAGACGUCACAGUGAUAACUUUUCAAAACUAGACUGGUGUAAAAAUGCAAAAAGUUGCAACAUUUUUUUCAUCAUUAACACCAUAAAGUCACAAAGCUCUAUUUUGCGACUUUUAAAAGCCAGAAUUCUGUAGUGUAGACGUGAUAUAUUCCCCCCAAUGUCUGCAAGAGUGAAAAGGAAUCAUGGAAACUGUAAUCCACAUUGCUAAUUUCACACACAUCAAGCCCUAGCGGAAUCAAAACAAAGGUGCAGCACAGAGCUGGGCAAAGCUAAGAAAAUAAAAAGUGCUUAUGAGCAAUGGUGGCAUCAUCUGGUAAGCAAUUAGACAUGUAUAGAUACUGUUGCAUAUUUAUAAACCCUGGAAAACUGUUUAGUUUUAUUCACAAAUUGCACCCCUACCUCAGUGGCACCCUAGGCCAUUGUCUACUCUGUUUACCCUUUGUGCUGGCCCUGGUCCCUAAGCAUAAGGGAUAGCUGGAACCUGCUGUAAAUAUUUGUGCCUUUACUAUAAUUUAUAUGUUUGAAGUGUACAUUUCUUUUGGGGGCUGUAGAUAGCUCAUAUUAAUUCAUUCACAAUAUAGCAGAAAUGAAUAUGUAAUUACAGCAAGUAAUAUGGUUUAUAAGGGUGGACUGGAUAUUCACACGACUGUGAUGAAGGUAAAGGGUGAAAGGAUAUGAACACCGUUGACAAGGAAAGUUGAUUCUGUUUCAGUCUGCACUCUUCAUUUCUUCAUUGAUUUUCAGACUUUUCUGGUGUGGACUUGUCUGUUCCUCUAAUACAUUCUGAAUGCCUGGUCUGCUUAAAGGGUCAUUCCCGUAUGAACAUUUCCACAGGAUGUGCCAUAAAUGUCCAAUAGGUGCAAGUUCCACCACUGAGACCGGCACCUAUCUCAAGAACUGUUUCGCACCAAAAUGACGGGAGAGGUAGAAAGUCCACGAUUGAGCAGCUAUCUCAAUCCCCUUCUAUGGGACUUCCAAAAAUUGUAGAGUGAGCGCACCUGUCUACACUCUGAUCUGCCAUGCACAACCUUCUCCCCCUCCCUGCCGCUAUUUCUAAAGGUGGCCUUACACAAUAGAGGCUCAUUAGCCAAACCUGCCAAUUUUGGAGGGACCAGCCAAGCAUCUUAUAUGUACGGUGGUUUCUCAACUCUGCCAUGAUGCAAGAUGUUGGGAGAAAGAAGCAACAGGGAUGUUAGAUUUUGAUAUAGCUGAUCAAUUAUUCAGAGGUGCCUAUUUCUGUCUCCCUAUAGAGAACACACACAUGCUUAACUGACCAUGGUACCAAGUGAGAGAGUCAUACAGAGUCCACGGUAGCAAAUUGGUAGGAAAGAAAUAAUAAAAAAAAAAAGUGCAAAGAUGUUCAUAGCCUGAUGGGAUGAAAAACUGAACACAAAGAGAUAGGUGAUUGCUAUACUAUAAAUACCCUAAAUGUCAUCAAACAGCUCUCAACCCUCUAUACCCACAAACAAGAGUUGACCAAGAGUUGUAGGCCCCUAAUCAAUGGCCAUAGUUUCAAAAACAAAAAAUUUUAAGUUUAUAUUUUUUUACUAUCCUUCCACAAUCAAGAACCCAUGUAGCAUUAGGUCACUUACAGUUUAUUUAAUAUUCCAGAGCUGAAUUCACAAUUCUGUUGGUUUCAGUUGGAAACCUUGUGGUUAGUAAUAGCCUAUAGUGUGCAGUGGGGUGCAGUUUUCGCCAACUUCAGAGGACAAGCACUGUGCAGACACUGGCACAUAAAAGUCGUAGAGGGGGAGUACAACUCUCUCUCCCAUACUUACCAACAUUGCUGAUUGUAAAUUUGAACAUGUAAAGCUCUGCUCCGGGAACGCCCAAACCCAAAAAUGACCGUUUGUAGGUGGGGCUUAUAAAAGCCCCACCCAUUUCCUGCCUGGGAUAGCACAAAUUUGCAUGGACUGUCUGUGAAAAUUGUAAACUAUGCUUUCUUGUCGGACUUGGGGCUCGAAGUAAGACCAUUUGCAUUUCCCAAACAGAUGACUUUGCCAGGAUCUUGGGUUUUACCCAUAGCUCAUAUAUUAUAAGCAAUGGUGUACAUUAAAUAGAGGCAGACCACGCAAUCCUGGGGUGGAAAGAGGCCUCUGCUUCUAGGCAUACUGAAAUGAAUUUACUGAGCCAACACUAGGGGAGCUCACUGCAUAAAGAUUUAUACAGCUUCUGUUGAGUUCUAUUGUAACUGUAUAAAUUCAUAUGUACUGAGCUCUCCCUAGUGCUGGCUGCGGGGAGUCAUAGAUUAUAAUUUACAGUGGGAUGGCAGUUUUAUUAUAUAAAUACACAGCAAAAUAUAAUGUAAUAAUAUAUUAAUAAUAAUGUACACAAUGAGCCAUUCAUGCUUUGUGCUAACAAUCUCGGUCACUAUAACAAUAUUCUACCAAAUAUUUAUUUCAAACAAAAAAGUCUAUUUUCAGCAUUUUUUUCCAAUUUGUUUUUCAAAAACAGCUGCAGCCAGAGGUUAGCUUAACCCCUUAUGCCAUCAUUUUACAUAAUUUCAAGUAGUUAGGUGUCAGAGAUGUAGUACGGUGAUGGCGCAGGCUCAGGAGCUGUAACCGUGUGGGCAUCAGCCAUAUUAUUCAGCUGGAACUUUGAUCUCACAGCCAGGAUGAGACUUAACCCUGAUCCUAGCAGUUUAACCCCUUAGAUGCUAAUGCCAAUGACAUCUAUAUAGUUAUAGUGUAUUAUAUGAGUGAUCAAAGGGUCGCAAAUCCCCUAGUGGAACACAGAAAAAAAAAAAAAAAAGAUCUAAAAAAGUUAAAUAUCCUGUUUAGGAAAAAAAAAAGGUUAAAACAAUUUUUUUUUAUUUGUAAACACAUUUAUUUCCAUAAUUUUUUAUUUUUUUUUAUGUAUCAUUGUUAUCACCGUGUACAUAAUGAACCAUACAAUAAUGUGAUCACAUUUUUAUUCUUGAUAGUAAAAAAGUAAAAAAAAAAGACUUGACACAGCUUCAUCAAUGAAAAAAUUAAAUGUUUUGGGUCUCUGAAUGCAAGACAUAAAAAGCAUUUUCAAUGAAAAUCUAUUUCAUGCCGGUGUAAUUGUACUGCCGCAUAAUAAAGGUCAGUGUCAUAUUUUUAUCUCGAAAUGCAAUAUGCUCUAGGUGUGAUAAAAAAAAAAAAAAACACCACAAAGGA